CUGCUGGGCUGUACUGGGAGCACUGGGCUGGGAGUGCCAGACCCUGGCAGGUGAGUUCACCUCCUUUUGGGGCGCGGGGGGCCUUUGGGGACCUGACACCAACUCCCCACCACCACCACCACCCCCUCCCGCAGUGGGAGCCAGGCCCUGGGCACAGCCUGGCUGCCGCAGCCCCUGCGCGGGGGCAAAGUGCGGCUUGGGGGGGGGGGAACGGGGGGGGGGGGGGGGCCGGGGCCACCCCAGCCUGGCCAGGGAGGAAAAACCGUCCUCGUCCCCUCCCGCUGCUCCGACGGCUCCCGGACGCGGCCGCUGCCCGAUCCCGCCCCGGCUGAGCCCGGCGAAACUCGCUGCAUCCCAGGCGCCACGUGGGGACGGCUCCGCGGGGACACCCGGAUGCCCCUUCCAGCCCCGUCACCCCCGCGGCCAUGCGGCCCCCCCUGCCCGCCGGUGCCCGGGGGGUUUGGUGCCUGGUGCUGGUGGCGGGGGCCGCGGCGUGGCCCCGGUGCCGCCUCGACGCCGACAACCGGACGGGGCUGUGCAAGGGGCAGGACCUGGUGCGGGUGCCCCGCGGCCUCCCCGCCGGCCUCCACGGCCUCGACCUCUCCUACAACAAGCUGCGGGAGAUCGCGGCGGGCGACUUCGCCGGCAUGACCCAGCUCCGGCGCUUGGAUUUGGGCUACAACAACAUCUCCCGCAUCGCGCCGGACGCCUUCGUCUCCAACCUCCUCCUGGAGCAGCUCCGGCUCUUCAACAACUCCCUCAGCUGCAUCCCGGCGCCGGCGUUGCGGCCGUUGGCCAACCUCCGUUGGCUGGACAUGUCCAACAACCUCUACCGCAGCGCGGCGUUGGACGGCGUCUUCGGCGGGCUGCGGCGGCUGCGGGAGCUGUCGCUGGGGGGGCCGCUGCUGCAGGACAUCUCCCGGGGGGACUUCGCCGUCUUGAAGGACACGGCGCUGCAGAAGUUCGCCAUCAAGUCGGGCUCCAGCCUGCGGCGGUACGAAGCCGGGGCUUUCUCGUGGCUCAACACCACGGAGCUGUGGUGCGACAUGGCCCUGGACGAGAGCGCGGCGGUCCUGCCGGAGAUGCUGCGGGACCUGCGGGGCAAACCCCUCGAGUACCUGCGUUUCCGUAACCUCUUCGAGUUCACCUACUACACCGGCGCCGCCGAUCCCUUCGCCGGCUUGGCUGAGUUGCAGGUCACCAAGUUGGUCUUCUACCGGGGCAAGUUCAACGAGAACCUCCUCCGCUUGGCCUUGCUCAACGUCCAACGCUCCCGCGUCCGCGACUUGGAGCUGGUGGCCAUCGACUUCGCCCGCUCGCCGCGGCAGAACAGCUCCGGCCUGGGGGCGGCCGCCCCGCGGCUCGACCGCCUCUUGCUGCAGGACAUCAGCAACCCCGACGUCCUGCGAUUCGACUGGACCUUCACCUGGUUGAGCGGCGUGGCCGCCCUCUCCAUCAUCAACGUCAACUUCAACUACGUCCCCUGCGACGCUUGGGGCGAGCUGCGGAACGUGGAGGCCUUGGACAUCUCCAGCAACCGCCUGGAAGACGGUUAUAUCUACAACCAGCGUUGCCACUACCAGGGCGUCAUGCCCAAGCUGGAGAGCUUCGUCUUGGCCACCAACCAGCUCCUGAGCCUGGCCGUGGUGGCCGCCUUGACGCGGACCUGGCCCCGGCUCGCCCGCCUUGAUGCCAGCCACAACGGCCUGGGCGGCCUGCAGGAGACGUGCCGAUGGAGUCCCACCUUGCGCUGGCUGGCGCUCCACCACAACCGGGUGACGGCGGGCACCUUCGGGUGCCUGCCCACCACCCUCGAGUACCUGGACCUCUCCUACUCAUCGCUUGACCGCUUGGACAUGGACUACUUCACCCGAAGCCCCCGGCUGCGGGAGCUGCGGUUGAGCGGCAACAAGAUCAAGUUCAUCCCCUCCGAGUGGAGAUGCCCCCGUUUGGAGGUGCUGGCCAUCGACGGCAACUCCUUCGGCGUCAUCAACCGCGGCUCCUUCGUCAACAUGCCGCGGCUCGUUAGCCUGACGGCCGGCAACAACCCCUACCACUGCACCUGUGACCUCCACCUCUUCUUGGAGGAGACGCGGCAACGGGGACGACCCAGCUUGGCCGACUGGCCCCACAACUGGACCUGCUACCACCCCGAGCCGCUGCUGGACACGGCCGUGGCCGCUUACGCCCCGCGUCCCUUGGAAUGCGACGUGCCGGCGCUGGUGGCCGUGGCGGUGGCCAGCACGGCGGUGGCGGUGGCGGCGUGCGCCGUGCUCUGCUGGAAGCUGGACGCCGGUUGGUACCUCCGAGCCACGUACCGGUUGGUGAGGGCCAAGUACGGCGGGCGGCGGCCGGGCGCGGCGCGGCGGUGCUCCUACCACGCCUUCAUCUCCUACAGCUGCGCCGACGCCGAUUGGGUCCGCCGGGAGCUCCUCCACCGGCUGGAGAGCGCCACGCCGCCUUACCGGCUCUGCAUCCACGAGCGGGACUUCACGCCGGGCCGCUGGAUCAUCGAGAACAUCGUGGAGAACAUCGAGAGGAGCGCCAAGGUCAUCUUCGUCCUCUCCCGCAGCUUCGUGGACAGCGAGUGGUGCAACUACGAGCUCUACUUCGCCCACCAGCGCGCCGUGGGGCUGGGCACCGAGGACGUCAUCUUGGUGGUGAAGGAACCCAUCGACGCCCGGGGUUUGCCCCGGCGUUUCGCCCGGCUCCGGAAGAUGUUGGGCACCAAAACCUACCUGGAGUGGCCCCACGAGCCCGGGAGACGAUCCUUCUUCUGGCUUCAGCUUCGUAGCCUCUUGGGUAACCCCGAGGGGCUCGGCGUGGCCACCGGCGAGGAGGAGACGGCCGUGGAUGCCACCACGUAGCAGUGGCCCGUUGCCGCGUGCCCUUUGGUAGCCGGAAGGUGGUUUUGGGGUGCUGGGCGUCCCGCCUGCCUCAGUUUCCCCUGCCAGAGGCGGCUCCAGGAGCAGCCGUUGAGGUGGGAUGGGGGGGGGGGUGGGGGGGGUGGUUCCUCGCCGAGGUCACCCCGUCUUCUCCUCGACCUCCUCCCAGGGCCGGGAGUUGGGGACGGUGUCCAGGAGGUGGCAGUGUCACCCGGAGGACGUGGCCACCCUAAACCCGCCAGCGGGGACGAGCGGUGACCCCCAAACCCCCGUGUGUCCCCCCCCCGCUGCACCCCCGGCCUCCAGCCGCGGUCGCCGAGAAGAGCCGCGUGUCCCACCCCGAUCCUUCCCGUGGGGUGGGGGGGGACACCAGGGGACACCCCCCGCCCUCAUUCAGGGACCACUUUGCCAGGACAAGGGGAAAAAAUCCUCUUUAGCAGCACCCCAGUGCCCCCCCCCAGAUCCUGCAUCCCCCUCCUC